CUUCUUCAAUUCAUUCCUUUUCCUCUCUAUCUUCUCCACAUUCAUCUUUUUCUUCAAGAAAACAUUAAAAACAAAAAAAUGAAGCAUUUCCUUGUUCUCCUCUUCCUAGUUGCUCUCCAAUGUUGUUCCAUAAGGUUAGCUGAAGCACAAGCCGCCGGACCGGCGCCUUCCGGUCCGACCAACAUUACAAGGAUCCUCGAAAAGGCCGGCCAGUAUACCACGUUUAUGCGGCUCCUUAAGAUCACCCAGGUUUCUGAUCAGAUCAAUAAUCAACUCAAUAAUUCCAACCAGGGAUUGACGGUUUUCGCCCCGACGGAUAAUGCCUUUUCCGGCCUGAAAGCCGGUACUCUGAACUCUCUGACCGAUCAGGAAAAGGUGGAAUUGGUUCAGUUUCAUGUUCUUUCGUCUUUCUUUUCAAUGUCGCAGUUCCAAACUGCGAGUAACCCGUUGAAGACGCAGGCCGGGGAUAGCUCCGGGUCGUUCCCGUUGAACGUGACGACGGCCGGGAACCAGGUUAACGUCACCACCGGCGUGGUGGAUUCCACGGUGGCCAACACCGUUUACAGCGACGGACAGCUGGCGGUGUAUCAGGUCGACAAGGUGCUUCUUCCCAUCAGCCUCUUUGGAACGCCGGCUCCGGCGGCCGCCCCCGCGCCGGGUAAGUCGAAGAAGAAGGCGAAGGCGGCUGACAGUCCCGUCUCCGGCGAAGACGCUUCGCCGACGAGCAGUUCCGGCGCUGUUGGGGGUGUGGACGUGCAUGGCAUGGUGGCGGCGGCGGUCGUUGGGGUUGCUUCGAUUGUUUUCUUGUUGUAACGUUGGAAUUUUAAGGGUGAAGAUUGUGCCACGUGUGAAGUGGGGGUCCGGUUUGUUGUUGUGAGAAUAUGAUGGUUGUUCCGAAUUGGAUUUGGAUGGAGUGAGUGCCUUCCGAAUAAUUGUUACACUUUAGUCUUUUCCUAUGCACAAGCUUUGUAAGGAUAUUCAAUUUUGAAGUGUUUUUUUUUUUCUUAUUAAAAUUCUUAUCCUAAAAAAAAACACAAUGUAUCAGCUUUUAUAUUUCUUAAAUUUAAUUUUUUUCAAAGUUAUAUUUUCAAGUCUUACUA